AUGGAUUUUGUUCGAAAACUUGCGACCCCUCGAUCUGGCUCACGUCCUUCUCGAAGUGAGAGAGGACGUGCUGAGUUACCACCGCGUUCACCAAGAGGAAGCCCUGAGCGUCGGGGUCUUUUUGGUGACCAACCGGGCCUGAUCGCCCAUCUUCCAGACUCACAACGGCUGGAUUCAGACCUGCAAGAUCUUAACCAUCCUCCCUCUCCUCCUUGA